GCCCAGCGGCAGCUGUCCAUCGGAACGGAAUGGAAAUGGGACGAAACGGACGAGCACGGUGCUUAAUUUUGGACCUGGAGAUUAUUUCACAACGAUCGCGGGCUUGCCCAAUUGCCCAGCUCGCACUCGACAACAAAUAAAAUCCAGAGCAGCUCGCGCGUUGCUCACCCAUUGUACAUCCUCUCGCUAACCGCUAAUCGUUAACCACCAAAUCCAAUCCUCGCCAGCUUACCGGAGCUCCCAGUGACACUACCGCAAGAAGCGUGCUCCGGCAGCUAGGAAAGAGCGAGUGCUUCUGACAUGGCCAAGAGGGAGGCCUGCGCCCACUUUGCGGCUGCCAGCGCGGCGUUGGCGGCCACUCCCAGCCAGAACCAGUCGAAGGCCACGAUGACGGACCCCCGCUUCCGUAUCCGACCCCUACAGCAGGUAGCUUCCGCCUGCACCGGCGCCAUGGUGACAGCCUGUUUCAUGACACCCCUCGAUGUGAUCAAGACCCGUCUGCAGGCCCAGCAGCAGGCGCUGCUCUCAAAUAAGUGCUUCCUCUACUGCAACGGCCUCAUGGACCACAUCUGCCCCUGCGGCCCGGACACGCCCAACCCAGCAGCCGCCAAGCCAGCUCCCCGCUUUUCUGGCACCAUUGACGCAUUCAUUAAGAUCAGCCGCACCGAGGGCGUCGGCUCCCUGUGGUCGGGGCUCAGCCCAACGCUAAUCUCGGCCCUGCCCUCGACCAUCAUAUACUUCGUGGCCUACGAGCAGUUCAAGGCCCGCUUCACCGACAUCCAUUACAAGUACAUGCGGCGCCUGGACGCCAGCGGCCGCGACAUUCCACUUCCGAUUCCAACCCUGGUUCCGCUGCUGGCCGGCGUAUCGGCCCGCAUCCUGGCCGUCACCUGCGUGAGCCCCGUCGAGCUGAUCCGCACCAAGAUGCAGUCGCAGCGCAUGACGCACGCCGAGAUGUUCGGCACCAUUCGCCAGGUGGUGCAGUCGCAGGGCGUGCUGGGUCUGUGGCGCGGCCUGCCGCCAACCAUCCUGCGCGACGUACCCUUCUCGGGCAUCUACUGGACCUGCUACGAGUACCUGAAGAGCUCCUUCAACGUAGUGGAGCCAACGUUUAGCUUCAGUUUUGUGGCUGGAGCGAUAUCCGGAUCGGUGGCUGCCACAAUCACUACACCCUUCGACGUGGUGAAAACCCACGAGCAGAUCGAGUUUGGCGAGAAGUUCAUAUUUUCAGGUAGGCCCAAUGUGGUUCAGCUUGCUGCAACCAGAUCCCGCACCAGCAUUGACAAUGGUUCGGUUUGCAUUACGGCAGAUAAUCCCCCCAAGCAACAAGUGCCUACCAAGUCGGUGGCGGUGCGCCUGGCCAGCAUUUACCGCCUGGGCGGAAUGCCCGCCAUUUUCUCUGGACUGGGCCCGCGACUCUUCAAGGUGGCGCCCGCGUGUGCGAUCAUGAUUUCGUCCUUCGAGUACGGCAAGUCCUUCUUCUACCACUACAACAUCGACCAGCACAAUCGCAGCAACCAGGUGGCCCAGGCACAGACGAAGUCCGGAUCGUGAACUCCCUCCUAGCUGCGGCCGUUGUCGACGUGAAUCCUAUGUAAAUAUGUACAUUAAUGCCAAAGUUGCCAGGAAAUCGGUGGGCAGGCAUCGUCUGCUGGGCUUGGCGAGCCCCGUCGAAAUUGUUAAAUUGUAGUGAAAUAAAAUUCUGGUUUUUCCUGGUUCAAAAACAACAUCAAGCUGGCCAUUCCCGCAUUAGUAAUUAACCAGGCCAAAAGUAUAAUCCCUAGACGGAAACAAGUAACCAAA